ACGUGUUUGUGCUUGCUUCAUAUUCAGUGCCUCACCGCUUAUUUUACAAGUUUUUAAGUGUAAAAACAGUAAAAGUUAUGUAUGCAUUUCACUAUAUAGUGUAAAACCUAUAGCACCAAACCAACAACAAUUAUAAACACGCUCACACAAAAUUAACAAAGAAGAAAAACACAUUGUUUUGUUCUGAUUCAAUGGAGAUCAUAAUCCCGAUCUAUCCUAUCUUGGCCCUACUUGUUUUGAUCCUUGUUGCUCUCAAGAUUUUCGACGUUUUUGUGAUCCUAGUUUUGCAGCCUUUUGUGUUGACCAGAAGACUCAAGAAACAAGGAAUCUCAGGCCCAAAGUACAGAAUCUUGUACGGAAACAUCGGCGAGAUACAGAAGAUGAAGAGAGAAUCUCAGCUUUCGAUUCUUGAUCCCACCUCCAAUGAUGUUUUUUCUCGCGUUCUUCCUCAUUAUCGACAAUGGAUGUCUUUAUACGGAGAGACAUUUCUUUACUGGAGCGGAACAGAGCCGAGGAUAUGCAUCUCAGAUCCUGAACUUGCCAAAGAGGUCUUGUCAAGCAAGUUAGGUUUCUUUGUCAAAUCACAGCUAAGACCCGAGAUCAUCAAACUUGUCGGCAUCAAAGGACUUGUCUUUGUCGAAGGUGCUGACUGGGUUCGCCAUAGAAAGAUCUUGAACCCUGCUUUCUCCAUGGAUAAGCUCAAGAACAUGGCGAACGUUAUGGUGGCUUGUACGUUCAAGAUGUUAAAGGAGUGGAAAGAAGAGAGGAGUAAGGAAGAAACAGAGCAAUCGAAGAUUAAAAAGGAUAUGAACAGAGAAUUCCAAAGACUAACUGCCGAUAUAAUAGCGACAGCUGCGUUUGGAAGCAGCUACGUCGAAGGAGUCGAAGUGUUUAGAUCACAAAUUGAGCUUAAAAAGUGUUGUAAAAAUUUGCUCACCAGCUUGUUUAUCCCUGGAACUCAGUAUCUCCCGACGCCUUUGCGCUUUCGAAUAUGGAAGCUGGAGAGGAAAAUGGAUAACUCAAUUAAGAGGAUUGUAAGUUCGAGACUACAAUCAGAAUCAGACUGUGGAGACGAUCUUCUGGGAAUCCUGUUGAAAGCUUACAAAACUGAAGAGAACAAACGAAAGAUGAGCAUCGAAGAGAUCACACAUGAAUGCAGAACUUUCUUCUUCGCAGGUCACGAAACUACUUCGAAUCUAUUGACAUGGACAACGAUGUUGCUGUGCCUGCACCAAGAUUGGCAGGAGAAACUCAGAGAUGAGAUAUUCAAAGUAUGCGGUAAAGAGAAAACCCCAGAUUCAGAAACUUUCUCCAAACUCAAACUGAUGAACAUGGUGAUCAUGGAGUCGCUUCGACUUUACGGACCAGUGUCAGCUUUGUCCCGGGAAGCAUCAGUAAAUGUAAAGGUAGGUCAUCUAGAGAUUCCCAAAGGCACAACAAUAGUCAUCCCGCUUCUGAAGAUGCAUAGCGACAAGUCCCUUUGGGGACCCGACGCUGACAAAUUCAACCCAAUGCGGUUUGAAAACGGCGUUUCACGAGCCGCCAAGCACCCAAACGCUCUCCUAGCGUUCUCCGUCGGACCAAGAGCUUGCAUUGGCCAAACCUUUGUCAUGAUCGAAGCCAAGACCGUGCUCACCAUGAUUCUCCAACGCUUCCGGCUUAGAAUCUCUAGCGAGUAUAAGCACGCGCCGAUGGAUAACCUCACUAUUCAGCCUCAGUACGGCUUACCCGUAAUGCUUCUGCCUCUGGAAGACUGAUGAAGUAAACUCCCCAAAAUCAUUCGGAUCUCUCUUAAAGAAACUACUACUACUCUUCUCUACUACCUUAACUUUGUUUUCUCAUAUGCUGUGCGUGUAAUCCAUCCUUAUCACCUAAUUGGGCUUUUACAAUCUCAAUUUGGAACUCUUUAAUGGGCUAAAUAUAGAUAUCAAUAUAUAAUGUCGCGGCGUAUUAAUGCUAAUUGAUAUUCAUAA